UUUUGCAAUGUCAACAUGGUAUGUUGAAGUACAUAUAAAUUCAUGAAUUCGUAUAAAAAAUUAUAAUUUUACAAUUUUUUUCCUGUAAUAUCGAAGUAUUCCUAUAUCAUCGCCUUCGGACAUUAAUAUAAUCAUCGAUAUCACGAUGGAUGUAUCUACAGAAGAUAAUUUAAAUUUAAAUUUGAAUAAAAAUAAUACAAAUACUGAAGUAAUUGACAAAGAACAUGAACAUAGUUACGAAGGAGAUGGAGCGGCCAAAGAAUUACUACAUUUAAAUGAUCAUGAUUAUUUCACCCUAACAACACCACAAUCCACCAGCAAAACACCACAAAAGAAGCAACGCACACACUCAGUAAAGAUAACCCAGCUAAAAGCGGUAUACAACUGCAAAUCCUGCGGUUACCGUACUAUGGACCGAGAUACAUUCUCAAAACACCACUGCGAUCUCAAGACGGUACCAUGUACAAAAUGUGAUACAAAUAAAGUGCCAGACGGUUAUAACAAAUGUCCUAAGUGUUCCUAUAUUAAUAAAAAUCCAGCCAGUUUAAAAGUGCAUAUGCGUAUACAUGAAAAGGGUAAUCCGUAUAAGUGCACCGAGUGUGAUUACUCCGGUAAAGACUGUAAAUCGUUAAUACUACACUAUGGACGGAUGAAGAACUUGAACUGUGGAUGCGGUUACCGGACCCAUGUAAAAAAGCAUUUUGAAUCCCAUCUGAGGUCCCAUACCGGUGAGAAACCUUAUUCGUGUGCUAUUUGCUGCUUUGCAUGCUCUGAUAGAGCGGGCUUGUCUAGACAUAUUUUGAAGAAACAUGAUUGUGUUUAGUAAUUGUUUGUUAUUAUUAAAUUGAGUAGAAAUGUUAGUUCAGGUUAGCACAGACAAGGGGAAAUAAAAUACAUUAAUUCAAGUUUGUGGUAAAGAUCUACCGAGAAUAUGAGCUAACUGCAUCAUGAGGUACUUUGUUAGUUAUCAUCAUCAACAGCCUAUAAAUCCCCACUGCUGAACAAAGCCUCUUCUCACACAGAGAAGGUUUGAG